AUGUCGACGUCGAAGCCGGCUCAGCCGGUCCACGCUGGCCCAGAUGACUCCUGGCAUGGCGUAGUAAGCCCGGGCUCGAGGUUCCCCCCAGAGGCUGGCCGUUAUCAUCUAUACGUGGGGUUGUUCUGCCCAUUCGCACACCGGGCAAAUCUGUUACGACACCUGAAGGGCUUGCAGGAUGCUAUCCCCAUCUCCAUCGUGAAGCCCUACCCCAAAGGGGACGAUAAAGGCUGGCCGGGCUGGCAGUUCCCAGGGGCACAGGGUGCUGGUGACGUGUACGAAGGAGCAACCGAAGACAAUCUCUUUCAUUCUAAGUACCUUCAUGAAGUGUACUUCAAGGCAGACCCAGACUACAAAGGCCGAUACAGCGUUCCGCUUCUGUGGGAUACGAAGGAAAACACAAUUGUCAACAACGAGAGUGCUGAGAUGCUCCGAUGGAUGCAGACGGGCUUCAAUGAGAUCCUACCCGAAGGAAGCCCAGAGAGACAGCUCAAUCUUUAUCCAGAUAACCUCAAGGCCGAGAUCGACGAGAUUAGCGUGUGGAUGCAACGAGAUCUCAACAGCGGUGUCUAUAAGGCAGGGUUUGCUCCCGAUCAGGAGACGUACGACAAGAAUGUCCCAACGGUAUUUGCCGCCCUUAAUGAACUGGAGAAGAUCAUUUACGGCAACAAGGGGCCGUAUGUUUUGGGGAAAGAGUUGACAGAGCUUGAUGUUCGAGCGUAUGCGACAGUGAUUCGUUUCGACGCUGUCUACGUGCAACACUUCAAAUGUAACCUUGGGACGAUCAGAGGGAAUUAUCCGGUGAUCCACGAAUGGAUGAAGAACCUGUAUUGGAAUGUCAAGGGAUUCCGCGAGACAACCGACUUUAGACAUAUCAAGGAGAACUAUACAAAGAGCCAUGAAAAAAUCAACCCCCUGGCCAUUACGCCAAUGGGCCCGUUCCCUGACGUAGAGAAUGAUGUGAACCUCGACUUCAGCACCUUGCAGCCUGGGGUCAUUGAACAUCCUGUCGUUCUGGAGCGACAGAAACAGCUAUACGGAGCCAAGCACAGUCUGCUAUGA